AGGUUUGGAGUUAAAGUAGUUGAAAAAAAUCUUGAGGUGUGGAGUAGCGUAAACAGAUACUAGAAAAUACAAAAAACCUUUGGUUUCUGCAACUCCUCCUCCUCCGUGGAAACUGGAAACUGGAAACUAUUGUACAGUAUAGAGAAAGAUAAUACAGUAGUUACUGAGGAACGCUUAUGAGUAUGUUUUGUUCAUCUCCACAGUUUCCUUCUUCCUCUUCAGUUCUGAUGCUUCGUGAACAAGCUGCUCCAGCAGUGGUCUCUUGGUCUUCUAGUUUUGCAGCCCAGCAUUUUCCUACCUCGGUUCUCUUACAAGAGCAGCGCGAUGAGUAUAGGCCUCUACUUCACAUGUAUAAGGAAGACAAGACAUCCCAGGCAACAUUAAAUGCAAGGCAGAUGGAUAUGGCCUCAGUUCAGGUAAAAAAUAACAUGGGCAAUGCUGAUUUGUUAGUGCGUGACUUCAUGCAGCAGUUGCAUCUCCGGUCUCAUUUACAGAACUUAUUGACUUCUUCCCCAACAGGGGAAAUUGCUGCUUCUUCAACUCCGCAACCUGCAGCUGUUGAUUCAGAAAGGCCUGCAGAUGGUCUGCGAUGGAAUGUAGUUUCUCUUGCUAAGCAAGCUUUGUCAGCCUCAGAACAAGCAGCUUCAGUAGCAGAAGAGUUGAAAUCGACUAAAGCUGAUGAUGACCAUCCACUUCCUUUUAGUCCGGCCUCCACAAGUUUGGUUGACUCUUCAGCUGGAAAGAAUAAAUUUGUGAGAUCAACACGGCUUAUAGAAAGACGAUCUAAACAGAGAAAAGUAUCGAAGUCAAAAGUUAUUGACGAAGAAAGUUACCUUGCAAGAAAGUCCGAUGUACAGGGAAGGUUACAUAUAGAAAAGAAGAUAAAAGAAAGGUUUGAUCAAAAUGACCCCCUGCGCUUGUUCUUGUGGGGUCCCGAAACAAAGCAACUUUUGACUCUUGAAGAAGAGUCUCAAUUGAUUGCUCAGCUACAGGAUUUGUUGAGAUUGGAAGAAGUAAAGAUCAGCCUUCAAUCUCAGUUUGGGCGGGAACCAACUUUGGCUGAAUGGGCUGAUGGUGUGGGCCUUAGCUGUCAUGCCCUGCAGACGCAGCUUCAUUUUGGUAACAGAAGUAAAGAAAAGCUGAUUAAUGCCAAUUUGCGUAUGGUAGUUCACAUUGCUAAAUAUUAUCAGGGGCGUGGUCUCAGCCUUCAGGACUUAUUACAGGAGGGAAGUAUGGGUCUUAUGAAGAGCGUUGACAGGUUUAAACCCCAAGCUGGUUGCCGGUUUGGUACUUAUGCAUAUUGGUGGAUAAGACAGACAAUAAGGAGGGCCAUAUUUCUACAUUCCAAGACAAUCCGUCUGCCGGAGAAUGUAUAUACCCUUUUGGGCAAGGUCAUGGAAGCAAAGAAAUUGUACAUUCAAGAAGGAAAUCGUCGCCCCACCAAAGAAGAAUUAGCAAGAAGGGUAGGAAUUUCAGUAGACAAGUUGGAAAAUUUGCUAUUUUCUGCAAGAUUUCCUCUUUCGAUGCAGCAAAGUGUGUGGGCAGACCAAGAUACAACUUUUCAGGAAAUUACUGCAGACUCUUCAAUUGAGAUCCCAGAUGUGAGUGUUGGAAAACAACUAAUGAGGAAGCAUGCGCGCAACCUCUUAAAUAUCUUAAGCCCAAGAGAUAGAAGGAUAAUCAGGCUAAGAUUUGGUAUUGAGGAUGGCUACGAGAAAUCCUUGGAAGAAAUUGGCAACAUAUUUGGUUUGACUAAGGAGAGGGUCCGACAGUUGCAGAACCGAGCAUUGGACAAGCUCAAGCAGAGCCUUGUAAGUCAAGGACUUGAUGCAUAUGUAGACUUGCUUGUAUAGAUGAGUCGACACCAAGGUUAUGUUAAAAGUUUUGAUUAAUUAAUAAAUGACUAUAAAAUCAUUUUAAUUAUAUUAUG